AUGUCAUUAUCAGUUAAAACUCCUCUUAAAUUUUUAGAUUGUACUCAUGCUUGGGAACAACUUACACCUGAAGAACAAAUUUAUAUACAUUACUUGAAUAAGGCUAAUUGGGCAUCAUUCCCUAUUUCUGUUAAACAGUGUUCAGUAGAAGCGUAUGACAUUUUUGUUGCAUUUUUGAAGAUGUACAAAACUAUCUCACAUACAGAACUAUUAAAAAAAGCAGAAGUAUCAGACAAUACAAAAGAACAAUAUGAAGAUUAUGUUUCAACUUUCUUUGCUAAUGGAGGAAAUUACUUAUCUUUUGGAGAUAAAAAGUUUAUUCCUGAAUGUAGCAAAGAAGAAUUUACUACUAUAAUUAAAGCAUCUGGACAUAAUUAUUUUGAAUCUUUAAUUGACAUUAUGUAUGACGUAACUCCAAGUCUUAUUCAUUUUGGUAUUCCACCUGAAGGAUGCACUGCUUAUUACUCUUCUAAUAUUACUAAAGAAGAUAUUGAGCAUUGUAAUGCAUUAUUACAAAAGAAAGGAAUGUUAUUAGAAAAUACAAGAAUUGAUAAAAUUAAUAAUAAAUUAAUAAUUGGAAUUGCUUCUAUAGAAGAAAGGGAAGAAGAAUAUGAAGAUGUAAUAUUAAAAUAUGGAUGGUGUCAUUCUGAGUUAGAAAUGUUAGUAAAUGAACUAAAAGAAUGUGAAAAAUUAGAGUUAGUUCAAAGAGAUAAAAACAAAAAGGAAAUGUUUAAGAAUUAUAUCCAAACAUUUACUAGUAACUAUAACCUUCAUAAAGAAGCACAGAGAUGGUGGGUAAGGGAUCAAAAACCAUCUGUUGAAUUUAAUGUUGGAUUUAUUGAAACUUAUGAAGAUCCUAUUGGAGUUCGUGGUGAAUGGGAGAUGUUUGUUGCAGUAGUAGAUAAAGAGAAAACAAAAGAAUUAACUGAAUUGGUGCAAAGAGCAAAUGAAAUAUUACCAUCACUUCCUUGGGGCAAAGUAUUUGAGAAAGAUGUAUUUGAAUCACCUGAUUUUACAUCAAUUGAUAUUGUUGGAUUUGGAACUUCAGGACUUCCAAUUGGAAUUAAUUUACCUAAUUAUGAUGACGUUAGAAUGGAACAAUUUAAGAAUGUAUCAUUGUCUAAUGUUAUGGCAUGUGGUUCUAGCCAAGAUAAUAUUCCUUUCAUAAGUCUUGAACAACAAACAUUAUACAAAACAUGUUCUCCUCGUGCCUUAGAAACUCAAGUUGCUUUGCAUGAACUUCUUGGUCAUGGAAGUGGAAAAUAUCUUCGAUGUGACAAUGGAAAGAAGAAUUUCCCUGAAGACCUUAUUAAUCCUUUGAAUGGGAAAAAAGUUAAAUACUAUCAAGAUAAAAUGACCUAUGACACAGUAUUUAAAUCACUUGGAAGUGCAAUGGAAGAGUGUAGGGCUGAAACCGUUGGAUUAUUCUUGACAUAUAAUCCAAUUGUUAAAGAGAUAUUAAAAUUGUCUGAAGAUGUUCAAUACAUUAACUGGUUAUCUGAAAUGAGAAGUGGAUUAACUGGACUAAAAUUCUAUAAUCCAGAAACUAAAAGUUGGGGACAAGCACAUUGCCAAGCCCGAUUUGCGUUAUUUAAAACAGUUGAAAAGAGUGGUGCGGUUGAAAUUAUUGGAGAGAAUAUUGUGUUACACAGAGAAUUAAUUCCAAAAGGUAUUGAAGCAUUGAAGGAAUUAUUAUUAAAAAUUCAAAUAUGUAGAGCAACAGCUGAUAUAGAAUAUGCACAAUCAUUUUUCAUUCCAUUAUCUACUCCAAACGAAGAUGAAUUAAAGUUUAGAGAAAUUGUCAUUAAUAAGAAGAUUCCUCGUUCUGGUUUUAUCCAAUGCAACACUAAAAUGGUUGAUGGUAAAGUUAAAUUAAUUACCUAUGAACCAAGUGUUGAAGGAAUGAUUCAAUCAUUCUUAGACCGUUAUUCAUUUUAA